AGCCGCGCCAGGAGGUCCGGCCGCGAGCGUGACCUCACGGGGAGGGGCCAGCGCGGCGGCCCUGGGCGCGGAGCCGAGCGCCGAGAGCUCAGCGCCCGAGCCGAGCAGCGAGGAGCUCACGCCGUGGCCCCGAUGGAGCGGUACAAAGCACAGGGGUGUUGCUGUCUGGUGGUACAGAGAAGGAUCCUGCAGGUUUCUGCUUCCCUAGAGCAGCUGCUGACAGAGCUGGACGACUUCCUCAAGAUUCUUGACCAGGAGAAUCUGAGCAGCACAGCCGAGGUGAAGAAGAGUGGCCUGGCUGAGCUCCUCCGGCUUUACACCAAGAGCAGCAGUUCUGAUGAAGAGUACAUUUAUAUGAACAAAGUGACGGUCCACAAGCAACAGAAUGCCGAGUCCCAAGACAAAGUGCCCGAGGAGCAGAGCCCACUGACCAACGGGGAGCCCAGCCAGCACACCUCAGCCCCUCAGAAGAGUCUGCCGGACCUCCCGCCACCCAAGAUCAUUCCAGAACGGAAACAGCUCUCCAUCCCAAGGAUCGAGUCUCCGGAGGGUUACUAUGAAGAGGCUGAGCCAUAUGACACAUCCCUCAAUGGUCAUUCUGGCAGAUUUCCUCCCAGUGGAGUCCCCAGAUGGGGGCAGGUGCCUGAAGGAGUCAUUUACGCCACGAUCACCCUGGAGGACGGAGAAGCUGUGAGCAGCUCCUAUGAGUCCUACGACGAAGAGGAGAGCAACAAGGGCAAGUCAGCCCCCUACCAGUGGCCCUCGCCUGAGGCCAGCAUCGAGCUGAUGCGGGACGCCCGCAUCUGUGCCUUCCUGUGGCGCAAGAAGUGGCUGGGACAGUGGGCCAAGCAGCUCUGCGUCAUCAAGGACACCAGACUCCUGUGUUACAAAUCCUCCAAGGACCACAGCCCUCAGUUGGACGUGAACUUGCUGGGCAGCAGCGUCGUCCACAAGGAGAAGCAAGUUCGGAAGAAGGAGCACAAGCUGAAGAUCACACCGAUGAACGCUGACGUGAUCGUGCUGGGCCUGCAGAGCAAGGACCAAGCGGAGCAGUGGCUCAGGGUCAUCCAGGAGGUGAGCGGCCUGCCUUCAGAAGGGGUGUCCGAGGGAAACCAAUACACCCCAGAUGCCCAGCGCCCGAACUGUCAGAAACCAGAUAUAACUGAGAAGUUCCUGUCAGCCUCAGAGUAUGGAAGCUCCAUAGAAGGUCACCCUGAGGUUCCAGAGACCAAAGAUGUCAAGAAGAAAUGUUCUGCUGGCCUCAAACUGAGCAACCUAAUGAACCUGGGCAGGAAGAAGUCUACCUCACUGGAGCCUCCGGAGAGGUCCCUCGAGACGUCGAGUUACCUGAACGUGCUGGUCAACAGCCAGUGGAAGUCACGCUGGUGCUCCGUCCGGGACAGUCACCUGCACUUCUAUCAGGACCGGAAUAGGAGCAAGGUGGCCCAGCAGCCUCUCAGCCUGGUGGGCUGCGAGGUGGUCCCAGACCCGAGCCCAGACCACCUCUACUCCUUCCGCAUCCUCCACAACGGCGAGGAGCUGGCCAAACUUGAGGCCAAGUCUUCUGAGGAAAUGGGCCACUGGCUAGGCCUCCUGCUCUCUGAGUCGGGCUCCAAGACAGACCCAGAAGAAUUCACCUAUGACUACGUGGAUGCCGACAGGGUUUCCUGUAUUGUGAGCGCGGCCAAGAACUCUCUGCUACUGAUGCAGAGAAAAUUCUCAGAGCCAAACACUUACAUCGAUGGCCUGCCCAGCCAGGAUCGCCAGGAGAUGCUGUAUGAUGACGUGGAGAUGUCGGAGCUGUCGGCCACGGUGGAACCCACCGAGGAAGCCACCCCUGCCACAGAUGCUCUGGACGAGAGCGGGCCCGACCGAGUGUACCUGGACCUGACGCCCGUCAAGUCCUUCCUGCACAGCUCCGGCAGUGCACAGGCCCAGGCCCCCUCCCCACCACUGUCCCACCUGGACCCUCUGGCCGAGGCCCUCCCUGCAGACCCAGGCCCAAGCCCCACCCCAGAUGAGGCCCUCGAGAUGUCUCCAGAAACCCCUGAGUUGCAGCAGAUGCAGCAGGAGAAUCUGGAGUCUGAGGAGCCUUCCCUGAGAACCACGAUGGUCAAAAUCCAGACUGAACAGCAGAAAAUCUCCUUCCCAUCCAGCUGCCCCGACGCUGUGGCCCUCACCCCAGCUGGAGCCAGCCCACCUGUGAAGGACAGGUUGAGGGUGACCACUGCAGAGAUCAAACUUGGCAAGAACAGGACAGAAGCUGAGGUGAAGCGGUACACCGAGGAGAAGGAGAGGCUUGAGAGGAAGAAGGAAGAAAUCCGGGGGCACCUGGCUCAGCUCCGGAAAGAGAAACGGGAGCUGAAAGAGACCCUGUCAAAAUGUACAGACAAGGGAGUCCUGGCCAGCCUGGAGCAGAAGCUGAAGGAAAUGGAAGAGGAGUGCAGGAUCGAGGAGAGCAGGCGUGUGGACCUCGAGCUCAACAUCGUGGAGGUGAAGGACAACCUGAAGAAGGCCGAGGCCGGGCCCGUGACGCUGGGCACCACUGUGGACACCACCCACCUGGAGAGCGUGAGCCCCCGACCCAAAGCUGCCACCCCCACCCCCGCCCCAGACUGCACCCCAGUCAACUCUGCAACAGCGCUCAAGAACAGGCCCCUUUCGGUCAUGGUCACAGGCAAAGGCACCGUCCUCCAGAAAGCCAAGGAAUGGGAGAAGAAAGGAGCAAGUUAGGAAACAAGCUUCAUCUAAAGACUCUCCUGUCAAUACGGACCUUGGAGACAAUCUGACUUUGUUCAAGUCUUCAUUAAAGCAGCAACUCUGUGAAAGGGUGAGUCUGUUUAGAAGAAAAAGUAAUGAUUCGGGUACUAUGAAUGGAGAGCUUUGGCUAAGAAGAGGCUCUGUCGCUUUUCAGAGCCAAAGGACAUAAUACAACAAAAAAAGAAGGCUUCUUUGGAGACCUAAGUCUAUUGGAUGCAAACAAGACAUUGCUGUAUUUAGGGGUAUUCUGUGUUUCCUCUUUGAAGGUUUUCAUCAAUUGCUUUAUCAAGCUUUUUAAGUAGUGAAAAGCUUCUGCUGUUGAGACUGGUGGAAGAGAAAUCAAGGUAGCAGGGCCCUGGCCCACUGGUCAUGUGGCUUUGGUGACUGAGAAGACCCAAACUCCUGACUGUCAUCUCUUAGCAGUGUUGGAGGUUAAACCAUCCUUGCCUUCAAGUUUCUUCUCUCCAAUAGUAGCAGGCCCAACUCCAUCUUCCGUGAUUUUAAACAGCAUUAAUACCAUCUAUGAUAUGCUUUUUAAGAAAUGGUAACGGGAAAAUAUUUGGGACCAAGCUGAGGCACUGUCUCCACUAAGUUAAAGACUUUCUUUCAGCCUAAAGCAGUCCUGAAUCAAUUGCUCUUAAAUAAAUUUUUAAGUGAUGCUGUAUUAUAUAAAAAAAAAAUGUUUAAAAUCCUGUAAUUUAGAACAGUGAAAAAUGUCUUUUGAGAUUUAACUGACUUUUUAUAUUACCAUAGAAAAAAAGAUUAUCCUGUGUUUACAGAUUCAGUCCUGUGGCCAUGAUGUUUAAGGGAAGAGUUAUUCAAUAUAAUGUCUUAGUCCCUGUUUUUUAAGUUGUGCUUAAUGUCCAAAAGUGGUGACUUUUGUUUCCUAAAAUUGGUAGUGCUCUCUCCGGGUGGCACUGUUUUUUAACACAGGUUGAAACAUUUCAUCUCUCAUCUCUGCCUCGUUGCUGGGGGUUCUGAAUCAGAGUUCUCCAACACUGGUUCCUGAGAACUAAAGGUCUUUUGAUUCUUAUGGUCUUUCUAAUCCCAGGGCAUUUCUUUCUUUGUCAUAAACACUUGGUCUCCCUUUACCAAGUGGUUAGAAUUUUUUUUUUAAUAAAAUAUUAAUUGUGUUUUGGG